UCCUCGUUCCGUCGAGAAUAUCUCUGGCCCCGUUAGGCAGUUGCAGCACGCAACGGUUGCUCGGGGAAACAUGGCCACCGCUGGAGACUCGAGGGUCGAACUGCAGAAGGAAUUAGUGUGCUCAAUUUGCCUCGAUUAUUUCGACGACCCUGUGAUUUUGAAAUGCGGCCACAAUUUCUGCCGCAUGUGCAUUUUGAUGCACUGGGAGGAAAAUGGAGGCGACGAUGUGGGUUACCAGUGUCCGGAAUGCAGGAUGGUGUUCUCCAAAAUCAGUUUUACCAAGAACUACUUAGUGAAGAACUUGGUGGAUAAACUGAGCGACUUCGAUUACCUGAAGACGUGUAGGCCCUCUGCACCCGCGAAACCGGUGAAAAUGGACGGAAAAUGUGAGCGACACCACGAGGAACUCAAACUGUACUGCCACACGGACAGAAAGCCCAUAUGCGUGGUCUGCAGAGAGUCUAGAACCCACAGACACCAUGAUGUUGCUCCUGUUCCAGAGGUUGUUGAAGACAUGAAGAGUGAGCUCAAGCUAAGGCUCAUCAAGCUCAAUUGGCAGAAGUCCAUGUGUGCCAGAGUAAAGAGCACUGAGGAGCAGGUCAAAGCCGAUGUUAAGCUCAAGAAACAAGCCCUAAAGGAGAAGAUCGAGGAAGAUGUUGGUGCCCUGGUUCAGUUUCUGUUGGAUGAGAAAGAUGAUCUCUUGGAACAUUUGGAGUUUGAAGCAGUGGCCACUAUUGGGCUUAUCGAUGGGAACCUGAAGCUUGUGGAGAGCGAAGCUGCCAAAGUGGACAAAGCUAUUACUGAAAUUCAGAAACAGCUGAGUGAUAGCGUUAACUUUGAGAGUAUUAGUAAUUCAUACACCAGCCCCUGCCACAUCAAUGUCAGUGUUCAAGUGUCUAACAGCCCUCCAGAUUACUCUGAGUUCACAGGCCCCUUUCAGCUCAUCAUGUGGAAGAAAAUGAUGCAUGUGUUACACACAAUGCCUCAGAAUCUGACUCUAGAUUUAGACACCGCCCACCCCUCCUUGGCCAUCAGCGACUUUGACACCAAAGUAGAGGAGGGCCGUGGUCGGUCCCAGGAGCCCGACAUGCUGCAGCGUUUCACACGUUUCUUUGGGGUGCUCGCCACUGCUCAGUAUUCCAGCGGGCAGCACUACUGGGAGGUGGACGUACGGGACAAGGGGGUCUGGUAUCUGGGCGUCACCACUGAGUACAGCAACCGCAAAGGUUUCGUUAACCUUUCGCCCUCAGCCGGGUACUGGAGCUUGUGUCUCCAAGACCGACUGUACGCCAAUGAGGAGGACUCCCGCGUGCCCGUAGCAGACUAUUGGAACUCCCCGCGUGUUGGAGUCUUUCUGGAUUACGACAGGGGUCAUGUUACUUUCUUCGAUGCCGUCACUAUGAAACGCAUCUAUAACUUUGUUACGUACUUUGACGAGCCUGUGUCACCUUUCUUUAGCCCUGGCAAAAACGACCCAGGCAGUCGACUACAGAUAUGUCAUUUCUACUGAACAUUGUACUCCUGUUGUUGCUUCUAUCCCAAGUAAAAAUGUCAGGGCAUUUUUCUCAUGAAA